CCCGGCUCAACCCACUCACCGCACUCACCGCCCCAGAGUGCAAUUGAGACUGCUGUCAGUCAGCUGCAUACACAAGGUACGUUACUGACCGCAGUGGCUGCCAACCCUGCGUGUCGACCCCCAUCCUCUAACCCGCAGUCCUGCGCCGGCAGCCGUCCUGCGACGACGAAGCGCGCGACACUCGCGAGUACGGUUCCGGCUUGUUCGCUGUCCUUGUGAGGUCGCGACAAUGGCUAGAGACGGUUCAAAUGGCGGCGGGCGCGGCGGGCGUAAACCGUUCCGCGGUAAAGGCAAGGGGCGCGGCGGAGGCCGAGACACCAGGAGCGAGCCGUACGAAGACAUCAAGAGGGAGAAUGACUACUACGAGUCGUACUAUUCCCAGGGCGGCUUCCUGCCUGAGGACGAAUUCAAGCACAUGUGGAAGGCUAUGCAGACCGACCUGCCGAACAGCUUCCGCUUCACAGGAACAAAAUCCGAUGCCCUCGCCGUGCGCGAAAUUUUCAAGCAGCGAUAUAUCCCAACCAUUACCGCAGUCACCUUCGAUGGCCUGUCAGUAGAGCCACCGAGACCUGUCGAGGCCUUUCCUGACGAAUUGGUCUGGGACAUGACGACACACAAGAAAGUUAUUCGCAAAUACCCGCCCUUCAAGGAAUUUCAGAAGUUCCUUGUAGCCGAGGCAGCAUCGGGCAACAUCAGCAGACAAGAGGUCGUGAGCAUGAUCCCGCCGCACUUCCUCGACGUCAAACCCGGCAUGGUGGUACUAGACAUGUGCGCCGCCCCCGGAAGCAAGUCGGCGCAGUUAGCUGAGAUGAUACAUGGCGACGAGGAGGAGCGGGUCAUAAAAGCCGCCAACAAUGAGUCCCCGAACAUUGAUGGGGAAGGUGACUAUAGUGACGACGGCCGAUCGACUGGGCUGCUCGUCGCGAACGACACCGACUACAAGCGCGCCGGCAUGUUGGUGCAUCAGCUAAAGCGCCUCGAUUUCCCCAACCUUAUCGUUACGCAACACGACGCCUCGAUAUACCCGUCUAUUGAGCUACCGAACGCGGAGGGUGGUAGGCCGCAAUAUCUCAAGUUUGACCGCAUUCUCGCCGAUGUUCCUUGCUCCGGAGACGGUACGGCCCGCAAGAACAUCAAUGUGUGGUCAAAGUGGACGCCAAAGGAUGGACUUGGCCUGCAUAACCUGCAGCUGCGCAUCCUUAACCGAGGCCUGCAGCUGCUCAAGAAGGGCGGCCGCAUUGUAUACUCGACAUGCAGCAUGAACCCUGUGGAGAAUGAAGCCGUCAUUGCCGCCGCCAUCGAGGCUUGUGGGGGCGUCUCAAAAGUCCAGCUCGUGGAUUGCUCUGACCAUCUCCCAAAGCUGAAGCGAAAACCGGGUCUCAAUACAUGGAAGGUUUUCGACACGUCUACACUCCCCGGCGGAGAGGACAAGAAGGCCCAUAUGUUUAGCAGCUGGGAUCGUUUCGUCAAUGCAAAAGAGAAAUAUGACGCUAAAGAACCUGUGCGUCAGUUUUCCAGCAAGAUCACUCAGGGAUGCUUCCCCCCAACCGCAGCGUCUGAGGAGCGGCGCAUACCACUUGAGAGGUGCGUACGCGUAUAUCCGCACCUGCAAGACACGGGAGGCUUCUUCAUCGCGGUGCUGGAGAAGCUAGACGAUAUCAAGGUUACCCAGAUCCAGAACGCGACCAACGCGGCUGAGCUACGGAAGAUGAAGGCUCAAUCGCAAAGUGCGACGCCAGCCUUCGCCCAACCGCUGAACGUGACUUGGACAGAAGAACAACCAACUGGUGCCGCACCGUCCGAGGCUACACCAUCUCUUAAGCAUAAGUUGGAAGAUCCUGCAGAGAUCGGCACCGCAAAGCGAGUAAAGGUGGGGGAGACUGAAGAACAAUCCAACGGCGAUGCAGAAUUCGAGGCCAUAUCCUCAAUGAAGCGAAAAUUAGAGAACCCCGAGGAAAGCGCUACUGUCAAACGAGCGAAGACGGGGGAUACGGCUCCUGAAUCUGCAGUGAGCGGUCCAGAGGGACAAGAUGCACAAGCCGCAUUGGACGUAGAUGUGGACAUGACGGACGCCAAACCUGCGCCAAAUGGUUCGACCGCCGCUCCGGCCCGGGCAAGAGAGGGCACCAAGCUCAGGCCCGAGAAUCAGAGCCAAAAUAAGGAGUACUUUGAGUAUCUUCCGUCCGAUGACCCCACCAUCGCCGACAUCCUCGAAUUCUUCGGCGUCUCUCCGCGCUUCCCUCGCGACCGGUUCAUGGUCAAGAACAAGGAAGGGCUUGUUCUCAACAAGAUUUAUUACACUUCCGCCUUGGCUAAGACUAUCAUCUCGCAGAAUAAGGACCGUGGCAUGAAGUUCAUCCACUGUGGCGUCGUCAUGUUUGUCUCCCACAAGAUCAAGGACAAGGAUAACGUCAAGGCGCCGUGGCGACUGCAGAAUGAGGGCAUACGCAUCCUGGAGCCUUGGGCGAGCAAGCGCAUCGUAAAUUGCACGUCUAAGAAGACGCUUCGCAAGCUGCUCAUAGAGAUGUUCCCGAAGCUGCCCAAGGAUGGUGGACACGAGCUCGCCGAGGUCGGUGACCAGCUUAUCAAAAUGGAAAUCGGUUGCUGCUUCUUGCGCAUCGAGAAGAGCGAGGGCGACGAUGGCUUCCCGUUCCGUAUGGUGCUGCCGCUUUGGCGACAUCCGGGCAGCGCCAACCUCAUGGUGGACCAGAACGACCGCAAGGCCAUGCUGCUGCGGCUAUUCAACGAGAAUGAGCCCGACAUCAAGAACCAUGUUGUGGAGAAGCAGAAGGCGGAGGAGGAGGAGGCGAAGCGUCUUGCCGAUGACGUUGUUCGUAAGGAGGUGGAGAGUGAGCUCGCGGAGGCGGAGGAGGAAGGCACUGAGUAUGGUCAGAUCGGGAAGGGUGAUGAGAUGGAGGUAGAUGAGUAAGGAUCUGCUCCAAGGAGGAUGAUCUAGCGCGGUGGUGCGAAAUACUUAGUGGUUGGAGGACUUGCUCUCUGCCUAGGUAUAGCAUGGCUCUGAGGAUUCUUCCAAGGAACUUCACAGCCCCGAUCGAUUUUCAGAGAUCUGGGGGACGGUGUUCAGUCGAGCUUAGACUGCACGUCUCCCUUUGUGCACUUCGUGACACAAUAAAUAGAUGAAGAAAAGUACCCCUCAAUCGAAC